AUGGAUGCUCGUAAACCCUUUUCGCUUACCACAAAAAUGGCGAGAAACGUUGACAGCACGACGUCGUUUGACGACCUUCCACUUGAAGCAGCAGAAGAGAUCUUCACAAGGCUUCCGGUGAAAACCCUGAUCAGGUCAACCUCAGUGUGCAAGACAUGGUACUCAAAUAUCACUAACCCCACCUUCACUUCAGCGCAUAUUCAACACUCACUCUCUUGUUGUGAUGAAACUGCUGUUCUUAUAAUACCCUCUAAAUAUAAAAAUAAUAAAUCAUGUUCUUUAAUCUCUGCUCGCACUGGUCAUGUCUUGAAAACCUAUACAAUCCCUUUUACUACUAAUGCUGGUAUGAUAAAAUUGGUCGCCUCGCUUAAUGGGAUUCUUUGUUUGGCUGAGUGUCCGCUUGAUAAUUUUGGGCGCCCUGCUGCUGAUGAAUUUCAAGAAUUGUAUCUUUGGAAUCCUAGUGUUGGCAAGUAUAAGGCCCUUUUUUCGUCGUGUUUCAAGAGAAGGGGGAAAUGUAGUUACGCGGUCGGGUUGGGUUUUCUUGAGGGUAGUUGUGAUUUUAGGGUUGUUAGGGUUGCGUUUUGUAAGGAUGAUGUGGGUUGUUUGUUGGGGAAGGUGGCUCCGAAGGUUGAGGUUUAUAGCUUAAAGACGAAUAAGUGGAGAAGGAUUAGGAACCCUGUUGUUCCGAGAGUUGCUCGUGAUAGUGGGAAGACUGUAGGGAAUAGUAUGACUUAUUGGCUUGAUAGAGACCCUGAGAAACUGUAUUCGUGUUCUGAAGAAGGGUAUAUUGUUUAUUUUGAUUUUAAUCGUGAGGUGUUUGGGCAAAUUGAAUUGCCGGAUGAUGUUCGUAACUGUGUGGGGUUAAUGGCAACUUUUAAACUCAUGACUUUUGAGAGUAAACUUGCUGUUUUUGUUUUUAACGAUGUACAAGAAAGUAAUGGAUUGAAAUUGAUGCCUAGUUGUAUAUGGCUCUUGAGCCAUGAAGAUGGUAAGUUCUCCUGGACACCGCGUUUCAAAGUUGUACUCGGAGAACACGUGUUCCCUUUUAGUCUUUCAAGGAGUGGAGCACUAAUUGUGCUGUCAGCAUGUCCGCCUGUUCCAGGCUUAGUGUCAUGUAAUCUUAAGAGUCAAGAUCUUCGAUUGACCAAGCCACUGGUUACUGACCCUUGUUCUGUAGACACUGCAUUCGUAGAGAGUUUGCUCAUGCUUGAGGGACGUGAUGAACAGAAGAACUCAUAAAUCUUCUGGUAGUACGCAGGUUGCAUUGUUCAAAAGUUAGUGUGUACGCAGAAGCAUCCCUGAGUAACUGAUGAGUAUUGUUGGUUAAAGUUUCCCAUCAAUCUUAAAUUCAAAAAGAUGAAGCAAAACUUCAGUAAGCUUGGAU